AGUAUCCUAUUUUACAAGUCAUGCAUCAACAGAAACACAAGUGGAGUAAGUUCACCUCAGUGAACACGCUGCUGCAUUUAACAGAAGGGGUGUGGGCGUGUACCCAAGCCUCUCCAAAGCCCUUUAUCUUAGAUUUGGGAUUUCAGAAGGCAAAGUGACGUUGAGGAGCAUCAUCAUCGUCUUUGCUCCAAAGAUCACCUUUUCCAAAGCACACUUUGCUGUGUGACUGCGGGCGCUAUUUGUAUUAAGGUAGGUUUCCUUUCACUUCAGUUACAGGUAGGAAGUUGUAAAUAUGAAAGGAACUGUGCGACAAACAUCCUCUGAUUGGUUAUAUGACGCCUGGACCAUAUGAGAUGAGCUGCUCAUGGAGAACUACGCUGAUGGAUUUUCACUCGAUGCUGGUGGGAGAUUAAUUUGACAAGUGCGCUGCAUCCUCAUCAGGCUAUGAUUCAUUUUGGGAACAUCUGACAUGGCUAGGAUACCAUCCAUCCUCGCGAAAACCAUGCUUUUCAACAUACUGGCAUUGAUUCUCUUACAAGGUGUCUUGACGUCCGAUGCCUUGGUCAUAUCCGACGUGAACCCCGGAGGUCUCCCACGCUCCAGCAGGGUGUCUGGCUCCGGGGAAUCCAGGGGUUUACAGCUGUCUGAGGCAGCGGAGGCUAAGUCCAGACCCAAGCGCUGCACUUGUUAUUCCUACAAGGAUAAAGAGUGCGUCUACUACUGCCACUUGGAUAUCAUCUGGAUCAACACUCCCGAACGGACAGUGCCCUAUGGAAUGUCGAGCUACACCGGACCUCAGCGAAUCAGACGUGAUGUUGGUAGACAAGCAGCUGAACGUGAGGGGGCGAAGACUCAGCGCUGCGUUUGUUUUGUGCUUGAUUCAGACCCUGAGUGCCAUGCUUUUUGUCUGUCAAGCCUCCUGCAGACAGUGCCAAUCCGGAGUCUCCACAGAGUCCCUGGUCCUGGAUGACCGUUUGACCCGUCUCCGUGUUCUGUUCUUCUCUUCGGGGGCAUGGACCCUUCCCUCCUCUUCAGCCCCUUCACUCUCCGUUUGGCACUCUUGCCUCCACAGGUACGCUCACAUUCAAGGAGAAAGAGCUUUGGAGUUUGACACUGCCGACAUUCCUCAGCAUCGUAACUCUUGGAGCAAGUUCCAUCAGGCCGAGUGGUUUCAAGAACUCUUCAGCAAAUUCGAUACAGAUCCCUGGAGGCUAUCCCCUUUUUAUUCCCCCUUAAUAGCAGCAUAAGGAUUACUUUCACCAUAACAUAAUAGCCAAUGACCUUGCUUCUGUCAAGCUUGAUCAGAAAAACCCUUUGUAUUCACACCUGGUAACAGAGUGUUGUGGACUACACUUGACUAUCCAUUUCAACAAUGGGAUCAGCUUGUAUCAGUAUAUGAUAUGAGGGACAACAAAGACAUUUCUACAAAAAUGUUGGAAAGCAAAAAGUGCCAUGAGGAGUCACAGAAAGUAGGAGCAAGGCAUAAUAUUAUGAUAUCUUGCUUUUAAAAAUAUCAAAACAUGCCAACAAAAAUGGAGAAAGCUUUUGACUUCCUGUGUUAUGGGGCAUAUCACUGGGCUUUGGAAUAUGAGAAUAUUUAAAGUCACUCUGGAAAGCAUUCACACCCUGACGGUUUGCAUAUUUUGCUCAUUUCACGUGUUUUAAGUAAGAUUGUUUGUGCUCUUUGCAACUGAUCAGUUAUAUCCAUUGUGCUUUUAUUUCAACGCCAUUGGCUAACAUUGACUCUGUACAAACUUUAUGACGGCUUAAGCUGGAGUGAAUUUUAUAAUGAAUCAUCCAUUGUUGAACCUAGGAGCGAAGAGUAAGUUUGACCUUAUUCUAUAUUUUUCUCAUUGUCAACAAAUCCCAUGAAAAAGACCAGAACCAGCAAUGAAUUAAUUCCACUAACAAGUAUUGCCUGUGUUGAUAACACCUGAUCUUGUGAUAUAGGAGCAGUGCUUAAUUUGUAAAUUAAUAUGUACCGGAGCACGUGAAAUGUGCCACCCGCUGAAAAUAAUUAAUAAUUUAUGAUCAAAUAAUUAUUUAAAAUGCAUGGUGUACCUGCAAAUUUUAUUAAAGGGCGAACAGAAACCAUUAUUAGCUACCAAAUCAAAUAGUAAAUAAGGAAAUCCAUUAGACUUACCCUGUUAGGCUGUAUGAAAUAUUGGAUUUUAUGUGUGUAUAAGACUAGUGCAGUGCAGAAGGCUUAAACUCAGAGGUACCGGAGUGGUGCUCCGGCUUGCUCCAGCACAAAGUAAGCACUGAAUAGGAGGACCAAAUGUAUAUUAAUCUGCAGAAAACACAAAACAGUCCCUAACAAUUAACAUUACAUCCCUAACAUUACUCCUGUUUGAGAAACGCUUGUCAAACUGCAGUGUCCAGCUGUUUCAUAAAAGUACUUAAAAACAAUAUAUUUGGGACUCCUUUUUACAGAUCUUGAUUAGAAAUCAUGGGCUUGUGGCUUGAAUGCCACAGACAGGAAGAAGUAUUGAGACAUACGCAGUGUCGAUUUAGGUUUUGUAAUGGGAUUUAUUCAGAAUAAGAAAAAUACAGAAAAACUUUAUCCUUUCAGUAAAGUAUUUGAUGUGGAGCAACUCCCCCAUCAAAACUGCCUCAUAUUCCUUUUAUUCUGUGAAUCUUUGGGGUGAAGAAAAACAUUGAAAGCACCAUGUUGCCUAAGGCCUGAACAGACUGUAGUUCAAGCGUGUCGAAUUCAAUGAAGCUAAGCUACUCAUAGAGUAAUAGAGUUAAAAUUUUAGAAUAACAUGCAGUGCUCUACCAUAGUUGAGCAAUUGUGUUCCUUGCUUCUGGGGCCACAUGUGCACUUCCACUGACCAAUAACCAGUUUCUCCCCCUUUACAGUUUACUGGAGCUCAGCAAAAAAUAUUUACUUAUUUAUCCUGUUAUUGUGUUUGCACCUUGUAGAAUUUUCCACCAAUAGCAGAAAUAGCUCUGCUCUCACAAGGACACUACAGUUAACAUCUCAUACAGGAGACACACUUUAGUUUUGCCUCUCUUUUUUGUUGUGCAGCAUUGUGUCUCACCAAACCAAACUGUUUACCAAAUUAUGCAGUCUAGGGACAAUGAAAACAGUAAGUAGCCAUAUAUUUGUUCCAUACCAGUUCCACUGGUUUGUGCUCCAUGUGAUUAUCGUAAACUGAGAGCAUUUCCAUGAAAUUGGAGUUUGUUAGCAGGCAGACACACUCACUUUGGCACAUGCUUUCCAGUGUGCCCUGAGGAUUAUAAUGGGAUUACAGUUUUUUUCUAUAUUUAUAAUAAUUUGGCCAAUAUGUUGCCAA